AUGGACAGCAUCCAAGAAGAAUCUACAGAGCCAGACGAGGACCCCUGGCAACCAUGUUUGUAUACGCCUUUGGCAGCUGUUGAGAAGAUCCAAGACAACUGCACCAUUCAAAGGGGUCAGUCUGAAGCAAUUUCCGAGUAUAUUCUGAAGAUCCGAGAGGCCGUAAAGUUGCAGGGCCAAAGGCUGGAAGAGGAGCGAAUGCAAAACCAGCAACCAGAGGAAUGUGGGCGCGAAAGUGAGAAAAUGGACUUUCACAUCAAAGUUAGCAGCAAAAGGAUGCCGAUGUCGCUGCUCAAGAGAGCGAGGGAACGCGGAAGGAACAUGGUAUCUGACAUCAAUUCCCGAAGCAAUAGGGAGUCAAGUGUUAUUCCUGAGCGAACAGCGGGCAAUUCCGCACAUGCCGAAGUGACGCCCAAGGGACAGAAGCACACGGCGCUCCCCCGAGUCUCGGAAGCGAAAAAGGAUGUCUCUAUCCUCAAAUCUCAGCAAAGGAGGAUAUCAGUUGUCUUCUCUCGGAUGCGGACAAAGUCGCCUGAACAAGGCCAGGAAAAGCCGAAGAUCAAGAGCAAGAAUUGUAAAUCAACUUACAGUGUUGCGGCAGGGGAAUCCCCAGGAAUGAAGCAUGCCGCAUCCUUUGAGAAAUCGUAUGCCGACGAUGACGAUGGUGACGACGACAAGAGUGACGAUGGCAGCGAGGCUGUGGGCCUCCUCUCAGAUAGAGGGUCAGCCUCGUUUCGGUCGGACAGCUUUGAUGCGAACCAUUUCUAUACGCCAAUGGUUCCCUCUGGAUUGCGGCGCGAUUAUGAAUAUCGCCUUCAUAGAUCCCGGUUCAGGCGUUCCAUUACUUUUUCGAGAGAGGUGGCGGUGAAAAGUGUCCGGAAAGCCAGAAAUAAUGUCGGCAAUGCUCUGAGCGCACGAGCGAAGAUGAGUGGAUGGUCAAGACUUGAGCAUUGA